CCCCGCCAUUUCUUCCUCCAACAAACUCUGCUCCCAACCAACGAUCCAUUCUUCUUCCUUUUCUCUUUCGAUCGAUCCAUCGAAUAACAACACCAACAAGGAAUGCCAUGCCGUUGUCCCCAAAUCUCAACAAGAAUGACAAUCUCACAAUAAUGGCCAUCAAUUUACUGUUGACGCUGACGUUAGCCCUCUCCUUCGGCGCAACCUCCGUUGCCGCAGCCGCAGGCGAGGUACCCACCGGCGCCGUAGACUCUGGCUCCGCCGCCUCCAGCAUCCUCGCCAAGUCGGUCUUCAAAACUUUCGUCAAUGCUUCCACUUUCGUUACCCCGGAGAUCAAAAAGCACCUGGAAUUUUGCGUCAGCGACAUGGAUGCUGAGUGGGACGCUGCGUUUAAUUUCUCCAAGAACACGGACUUCUUGUCGGCAUGCCUAAAUAAGAACAGAGAUGCUAUGCAGAGGUUGUGCACUGCAGCAGAGGUGGUGUUCUAUGGUGCUGGUCUGGUGGAGAGUUCGGAAAGUGGGAGCACGAAAAGCGGGGGUUUCCUGAAACUGAACAAGAAUUGCAACUUAUCGUCAUGGCCAGCAGGUUGUGAGCCAGGGUGGGCGUGUAGUGUUGGCGAGGGGAAAGUAAACUUUAAAGAUGCUAAAGAAAUGCCCCUUAGAGUUAAUGAUUGCAAGCCUUGUUGUGAAGGCUUCUUCUGUCCUCAGGGUCUUACCUGCAUGAUACCCUGCCCUUUGGGAUCUUACUGUCCUUUGGCAGUACUCAACAACAGCACAGGCGUUUGUGAUCCGUAUACGUAUCAACUACCUCCAGGACAAUCAAAUCACACCUGCGGUGGAGCUGAUAUUUGGGCUGAUUUUCAACGUGGUAAACAGAUAUUUUGUACGGGAGGAUCUUACUGUCCUACUACCACCCAGAAACUUCCGUGCAGUAAAGGACAUUUUUGCCGGACUGGGUCGACAUCCCAAAUAAGUUGCUAUCAAUUGGCAACUUGUGACGAGCAAGCUGAAAAUCAGAAUAUCACGGCUUAUGGUAUUAUCUUCUUUGGCGGCAUUACUCUGGUACUUAUGAUAAUAUAUAACUGCUCGGGACAAGUUCUCAGUACUCGAGAAAAAAGGCAGGCGAAAUCCAGAGAAGCUGCUGCCAGAAGUGCCAAGGAGACGGUGCAGGCACGUGAGAAAUGGAAGUCUGCAAAAGAAGUUGCCCGGAGAGGUGCAAGUGAGCUCCAAUCACAGCUGUCGCGAACAUUCUCACGCAAGAAAUCGGUCAGUGUCAAUGCAGGAAAGGAUUCAAAAUCUGGUGAUCAUAAAUUGCCACCUAGUGGACCUGACUCAAAGGGGAAGAAGAAAAGGGAAAGCAACCUCACAAAAAUGAUGCGUGACAUUGAAGAAAACUCCGACAAUGAGGAUGGAUUCAAUGUCGAAAUUGGAGACAAAAAUUUGAAAAAGAAUGCAGCAAAAGCCAAGCAAUUGCACACACGCAGCCAGAUUUUCAAGUACGCAUAUGGUCAGAUUGAAAAGGAGAAGGCGCUGCAGGAGCAGACAAACAAUUUGACCUUCUCCGGCGUAAUAUCAAUAGCUUCCGACAUGGAAAUCACAGCCAGGCCGCCUAUUGAGGUCUUUUUCCAAGAUCUGACUCUUACAUUGAGAGGCAAAAAUAAGCAUCUCUUAAGAUGUGUGACAGGCAAGCUCGUACCCGGGCAUGUUUCUGCUGUCAUGGGUCCGUCGGGUGCUGGUAAGACGACUUUUCUUUCAGCUUUGACUGGAAAAGCUGCCGGAUGCACCAUCACUGGAAAUAUACUUAUAAAUGGGAAGGAUGAACCCAUGCGAUCGUACAAGAAAAUUAUAGGAUAUGUACCUCAAGAUGAUAUAGUUCAUGGAAACCUGACGGUUGAGGAAAAUCUCUGGUUCAGUGCUCGCUGCAGGCUGCAAGCUGAUCUACCCAAACCAGAGAAGGUCCUGGUUGUUGAAAGGGUAAUUGAAUCGUUGGGAUUGCAGCCUGUUAGAGACUCUCUAGUAGGUACAGUUGAGCAGAGAGGGAUAUCCGGAGGUCAGAGGAAACGUGUUAAUGUUGGACUAGAAAUGGUUAUGGAACCUUCAUUGUUAAUCUUAGAUGAGCCGACAUCCGGCUUGGAUAGUUCCUCUUCUUUGCUAUUGCUCAGAGCCCUUCGACGUGAAGCUCUUGAAGGAGUUAACAUAUGCAUGGUGGUUCACCAACCGAGUUACACCUUAUACAAAAUGUUCGAUGAUUUGAUACUUCUUGCCAAGGGAGGCCUCACAGUGUACCAUGGACCAGUAAAGAAAGUCGAAGAGUAUUUUACAGGUCUCGGAAUCCAAGUCCCUGACAGGGUGAAUCCUCCGGAUUACUUCAUUGACAUUUUGGAGGGCAUCGUCAAACCGACCAAUCCCACAGCUGUAAAUUAUAAGGAGCUUCCUUUGCGGUGGAUGCUUCAUAAUGGCUACCCUGUACCCCCGGACAUGCUUGAUUCUGCAGGAAUGUCGCCUGCGCCCGGAGGAGAUUCAGUCAGUGCAAGUCCAUCUGCUAAUAAGCUUGACUUGGAUACAUCCUUUUUUAGGGAUCUGAUUCAGGAUUUCAAGUUUAGUAUUGGACAGAAGUCAGACAAGAUUUUACAUAAUUUUACCAAGUCCGUGGACUUGUCUGAGAGGGAAACUCCUAGUGUCCUCCUCCAAUACAAGUAUUUCGUCGGAAGGGUUGGGAAGCAGAGAUUGAGAGAAGCUCGGAUACAAGCCGUGGAUUACUUAAUUCUACUACUGGCAGGAAUCUGCUUAGGUACACUGGCCAAAGUGAGCGACGAAACCUUUGGUUCAACAGGAUAUCUGUACACGGUUAUUGCAGUUUCUCUUCUAUCUAAGAUUGCUGCAUUGAGAUCAUUUUCUUUGGAUAAGCUGCAUUACUGGCGAGAGAGCGCUUCCGGAAUCAGCAGCCUGGCGUACUUUAUGGCAAAGGACACGAUUGAUAAUUUCAACACUUUUGUGAAGCCUGCUGUCUAUCUUUCCAUGUUCUACUUCUUCAACAAUCCUAGGUCCACCGUUUACGACAACUACUUUGUCCUCGUCUGCCUUGUGUACUGCGUCACCGGCAUCGCUUACAUUCUUGCCAUCUACUUCGAACCGGGACCUGCCCAGCUGUGGUCGGUGUUGCUCCCCGUUGUGCUUACGCUCAUCGCCAACCAAGACGGAAACACAUUUACUUCGAAGCUCGGAGACUUUUGCUACACAAAGUGGGCGUUGGAAGCGUUCCUCCUAACGAACGCCAACAGGUACUCGGGAGUGUGGCUGAUACAAAGAUGCGGGGCGCUACGGCAAAAAGGUUAUAACUUGAAACACUACUACCCUUGCUUAGGAUACCUUGUGGCUGCGGGCUUGGUAAGCAGGUUUUUUGCUUACUUCAUUCUGAUCACAUUCCAGAAAAAAUAAUUAGAAACUGGAAAAAUAUUGCUGUUAUUACAAGAGAAGAGGAGUGUAAGAACAGUAGAGUUAAUAGGGGCGGGACGCUGUGGCGGGGGUGGUGGUGGUGGUGGUUUUAUACCAUACUAUGUAUAGAUAGAUAUGUGGAGAUCUUGAUUAAUGCUAAUUUUAUGUGUAAAUACAUAUGUAUAUUUUU